AUGGGCGAGGGAGGCAUCUUCCAGACAGGACAACAGAGUACAGGCGUAUCGCGUAUUAGCCAGCCCAGCUCAACUGCCCAACUGCCGUCAUUGCCAACUUCCCCCAUCAAUCGCAGACAACGGCCCCUCUGUUAUAUUAUAAUUUGCCUUUUCAACGCCCGACGUCCCCACUUUUCCGCAUUUCUCGGGCCAAGUGCCACUCCGUCCCUACAUCAAACAUUUCCCACUCGAAAACACCGCAAGCCCACCUCCACUCCUACCACCACUACCACUCCCACCACCACCACCACCACCACCACCACCACUACCACCACCACCACUACGAGGAUCUCCCUGCGGUCCAUCCUAAUACAACAGAUCGACCCGUCCAUUGUUGUCGCUGCUGGAUCGCCGGAAGGAGGAGUUGCGCCGAACAAACAAACCAGAAUACCCGGCUUGGACAACAACGACAACGUCAACAACGACGACAACGGACCAACGACCCGAGGAAGCGAGAAGAGGAGGACUGUCCGUAUACGUGACGGUAAUCACGCGGCAAGAGUCUUAAUUUUGGAGGCUCUCAGGCGGAGUUUAAAGAACGACAAGGACCGAGUCAACCACAUCUCCAUCACCCCCAAAUCCGCAGUCGCCAUCGUGCCGCCGAAGAAGGUAAUCCGCGCUCUUUACGACUACGAGGCUCAAUCCAACCAGGAACUAUCCUUCACGAAAGGCGACUUCUUCCACGUUAUCGGGAGGGAAAAUGAUUCCGACUGGUACGAGGCCUGCAACCCCGCGGUUCCAGACGCGCGGGGGCUGGUCCCCGUCGCGUUCUUCCAGGCCUUAGGAAAGACGGAGAGGGACAGCGGACAUUCCGAUCUUUCACCACAGGCGGUCAGAGCACCCGAUCACGACUCGGGAUACUCCGAUACCUCUGCAACGUUAGUAGGGACCGAUACGGCGCGAUCAUCCAAGACGACGAUGGGGAAGGGCUCUGGCGCCAUGGUGUACGGAAUCGUCAUGUAUGACUUUGCAGCAGAGAGGCCCGACGAGCUGGAUGCGAGGGCGGGGGAGGCCAUAAUUGUGAUUGCGCAGUCGAAUCCGGAAUGGUUUGUUGCGAAACCGAUCGGGAGACUAGGAGGGCCGGGUCUGAUUCCGGUCUCAUUCAUCGAGAUACGGGAUAUGGGAUCUGGACAGGCGGUCACGGAUGCUUCAGAGGCAGUUCAGAGGGCAGGCGUGCCGAAGGUUGAGGAGUGGAAGAAGAUGGCUGCGGAAUACAAGAACUCGAGUAUCACUCUGGGGAAGUUCGAGGGCGCGGACGUGCAGCAGGGCUUGGAGCAGGGGAUGGACCGCUUGAGUCUGCAGCAAGGCCAGAAGCAAAAUGGAUACCCGCAACAGCAGAUGCGACAAUCGCAGCAGUCCCGAAGCACGCAGCAACAGCACUCCAAAUCAGGAUCGGAACUUUACGCUCCGAUAUCUGCAAAGAUUCCCCGGUAUUGUUUUGCGGAAGACAAGUACUGGUUUGUCAUUGAAGCGGCGCUGGAAGACGGACGACAUUGGGAAUUAUCGAGAUAUUACGAGGACUUUUACGAUUUUCAAAUCGCGCUUCUGACCGAAUUUCCCGCGGAGGCUGGUAACAAUAUGGGACAGAAGAGGACUUUGCCGUACAUGCCCGGACCCGUCAACUACGUAACGGAUGCCAUCACAGAAGGCAGACAGCAUAACUUGGAUGCAUACGUCAAGAACUUGCUGACGCAGCCACCUUACAUCUCGAGGUGUGCCCUGGUGAAGCAAUUCUUUGCGCCUAGAGAGGGGGAUUUUGAAAUUGACCCGGCAGCUAUAGAAGAGGAGUAUCGACUGUCGGGCGGAUCUCAGCAAUCCUCGACAGACUCGCCGACAAACGGAGCCUCGAGGCAUUCUUCCCGAGGCAAUCUGAAUGGUGGCUAUGGUGGACUGUCAGCUGCUCCCACACAUCAACGAGGACAGUCUUCACUCUCAUCGAACAACGGUGGUGGUCUCCAGCCGCGGCACACGUCCUCUCUCUCCCAACCGUCAAAUCAGUCAAUCUCCCCAGGCCUGAGCGGCCAACCGCCACCAUCCGCAAUGAAAGUCAAGAUUUACUAUGGCGACGAUCUCAUUGCGAUCCGGGUACCGACGGACAUCCAAUACCAACAACUGUAUGAGAAGAUCCGUGAGAGACUAAGGAUUGCCCCAGGCGAAGAUAUCGCCUUGUUUUACAAAGACGAGCCGAGCGGCGAGCGACCCGGUCUAUUGAGUAACAACGACCUAGACAUUGCGCUCCAGCGGAACGAUAAGCUGAUUAUCUACGUCGAGCCCAACUAA